AGCGAGAGGCGGCUCAGGCCCUGCCGCCCCCCCGCGCGGCCCUCGGCGAGGGGGCCGCGGCGGCGGCCUGCGGCGGCGAGGCCGGGCGACCUGCCGCCGCGCCGCGGGCCCGAUGCAGCAGCAGGAGCGCUACAGGGCGAUGCGCGCCGCCGCGCAAGCGGACGCGGGCAAGGUCGAGGAGUGCGGCGGCAUGGACGCGCUGGAGGACUGCCUCUGGAACUUUAAGCGCGGCAUCCCCGCACCGCUGCUCGCGGAGUCCUCGGACAGCGAGGAGGGCGAGGAGCGCGCUGGACCUUCCGCGGGCGCCCCGCAAGGUGCGGCGGCGGCCGCCGCGGCGGGCGCCGCGGAGGGCAGGAGCGCUGCGUGGCUCGCGCGGCCGGCCGCCGCUGCCGCCUGUGCGGCGCUGGCGCUGGCGCUGGGGUUGCUUGCUCUCCGGCGGCGGGGCGGAGCGGCGAGGAGCCUGACCCGCGGCCUCGCGGAGAGAGGCUGCGCGGUCCUCAUCGUGAUGAGUGCCUCUGCCAUCAUGAGCGAGAAGCGGGAAUCUGCCGCAAAGCAUCGCUUCGGACUGCUGGAGGCCGGAGGGCAGCCUGGGAGCCGAGGAGCCCAGCCGAGGAGGUGUCGGGUGCCCACAUCCUUCGGCGGCGCGCCCAGGCGUGCAGACAGAGGGAGCGGACCUUCUCAAAAGGCUCAGGAGGCCUCUGGCCUUCUGAGUUUUCUGCGCCUUCUCCAAAGCAACAAGAGGCUUCUCAAGAGGCCGGGAGGCUUCUCUGCAGCCCGGCCGCCAGCUGACAAAGCUUGCCCCUCUUACUUCUAAGACCCUCGGCGCGCCGUCGAGACACCCCGUCAUCUUGCUGAACCUGCGAGUUGUCUACUACGAGCUCAACGUCGACGCAGAGUGGUCACGUCGCCGAGCGAGACGUCGAUUCGUCGCAGCACGGAGGCUCCCAGCUAACACCCAUGUAGCGCGGCGCAGUGUGGUGUUAGUGUUAGUGGAUUUCGAAGGUACCAUGGUAGCGGCAGCGGUAGCGGGAAAGGUGUAAGCGGCGAGGCAGUCGCCGUUUGGCUCAUGCGUUCGCGGCAAGAAGCGCGCUCAUCGUCCUGGCCAUUUUCCCUUCUUCUCCUGAUCCUGCUCCUUCUCGUCAUCCCCUCUCCCCCUCGCUGGCUACUGGCCUC